UAACUGGGCUCUUCAUGGCCAUCAUGGGAGAACCUUCAAUAUCUGGGACUCUCCGAAAAGAACAUUCAGAUGAAUUAUAUACCUGUAAAGACCGUGUAUUAAAAAAAGGGUUAAAUAGUUUAGGUCUUAGUUGAAUUUGGGGCUCUGCCAAACCAGUGCAGCUAAGUUUGUUUCCUUCCUUUUUUCCCAACACUGAUGUAACAAACCCCUCCUAAUCUGCUUGUCUCCACCCUGUCUCGCCUCAAAAUUCAUUGCUCAAUCGUGGCAUAAAAAUAAAGAACAUCGUGACAUCAAGCCUGGCCUCAGACUGAUAACCAAUCUUGAGCCCUUAAGAACCUGAAUUUCAGACAGAUUGAUUAAGUCCUGUGCUGAAGAUGUUUCCAGAACAACAGAAAGAGGAAUUUGUAAGUGUCUGGGUUCGAGACCCUAGGAUUCAGAAGGAGGACUUUUGGCAUUCUUAUAUUGACUAUGAGAUAUGUAUUCAUACCAAUAGCAUGUGUUUUACAAUGAAAACAUCCUGUGUACGAAGAAGAUAUAGAGAAUUUGUGUGGCUGAGGCAGAGACUCCAAAGCAAUGCGUUGCUGGUACAACUGCCAGAACUUCCGUCUAAAAAUCUGUUUUUCAACAUGAACAAUCGCCAGCAUGUAGAUCAGCGUCGUCAGGGUUUGGAAGAUUUCCUCAGAAAGGUCCUACAGAACGCACUUUUGCUUUCAGAUAGCAGCCUUCACCUCUUCCUGCAGAGCCAUCUGAAUUCGGAAGACAUCGAGGCGUGCGUUUCUGGUCAGACUAAAUACUCUGUGGAAGAAGCAAUUCACAAGUUUGCCUUGAUGAACAGACGUUUCCCUGAAGAAGAGGAAGAAGGAAAAAGAGAAAACGAUAUAGAUUAUGAUUCAGAAAGUUCAUCCUCUGGGCUGGGACACAGUAGUGAUGACAGCGGUUCACAUGGAUGUAAAACAAGCACAGCUCUCCAGGAGUCCUGAAGAACAGUUCUAAUAUUCCUAUCUCAGUAAUAGCAAAUUAUGCCCAGUCAUAGAGAAGAAAGCUUGCUAAUAAUAUAUUCUUACCUAAAGCUCACUGUCAUAAUAUAAGGUAUUUAAAUUCUUAAAGAUGUUGGGUUGUUUAUCAGUAGUAUUUUUAUGUUGCCUUAUUUUAGUUAAGCUGCUGUAAAAAGCUAAAAGCUUGUGAAUGCAAUACCAAUCCUUUAUAGGCAAAAAUUAUUGGUAAGCAAGAUCCGGCCCUCAAGUGAAAUGAUUUAUAUGUUUGGAAAAAACCUAGUUGGCUUUAUUGAAUUUUAAAAGAUAAGGUAAAAAAGAAAAGAUAAUAGCAUUUAAAAUCACGAUAAAGAGUUCCUCCUUCUGUCGGUGGGGCAGUGUUAUCAUAAACACAUUUGGUAAGCGUGUAUGUUAACCACUAUGGAAAGAGUAUCAGCGCAGACUGCCUUUCUCAGACAUGUGGUUGAUAUUUUGUGGAUACGUGUCCUGCACUGGGAAAACACUUUGCUGCUUUUGGGUGUUUGGUUGAAAUAUACUAAGAGUAUUUAACCUUUCCAGUAUUCUCUUUCACAUCUAGAUGAAAAAUAUAUCUCACGAAUAGGGCCAUGUUAAAAUACUGUUUACAUCUUAGAGAAGAAAGGAAAUAGUACUAAGAAUUAUACUUGCAAUAUAUAGAUUCAGAAAUACAUUUUCAUUGUCCAAAAUCAGCUUAAACAAAUGGUUUCUGGAAAUGAAUCAUUUGUUUUCAUUAUCAUUAUGUAAUUAGAAUUACAGGUUAAUGAUUUAUUUUCUAGCUAAAUGUGCAGUUUCUUGUCACUAGGUAACUUUCAGUAUCAGUAGUGGUUAACUGUUACUUUAAGUCAGAAGAAAGAUCUUAUAAAAAUUAAUAAACUUAAUUUUACCAGUAAAUAUUCCUGUUAUUUAGAAAAGGAUGUUAACUUACUACUUUCAGAAUUAAUAAUUCAUUUUUAAAAGUCUUGCUUUUUAUGCGUCUGCCUGAGGAUUGGUAUAAUUUUAAUAAAAUGUCUUUUUUUUGUGACCCAAAGAUAAGAUGUCUUAUUAGAUAAACUACUUUGAACUUCAAAUUUCAGAUGAGGCAGCAUUUUCUUGAGAUAAUUAUCCAAGUUUCUUCCUUGUUGAAUGGUUCAAAAUAUCUCUGUGAAACUAACAGGAAGAUAUUUUUCACGUAACUGGGAUAACUUGUUGCUUUAAUUAAAUGUUACCUGGCCUAUCUGAAGGGUAGCAGAGGCUGCUACAAAAUGCAGCCUUUUCAUUUUAUUUUAACUAGGAGUUUAAAAGUUAUUCUAUUAUUUAAAAGCCUUUGAAAUGCUUGUAAGUAAGAACCAACAGACAAAAAUUAAAUUUAGAGUAAGAAUGAUUUCCGUAAUUUCUCCUUCUUGUUGUCUUUGUUUGGUCUAAAACAUUAUUAAACUUUUGUAAAUAUUUUGAUUUGAUGUAUCUUCGAUCCUGUUACCUGAGACUCAUUAUUUGAAUAUAUAGGGGGUUUUGGGGGGAGAUUUAGCAAUUUCUUAUUAUCUUGCUAACAUGUAAAGUUUGCCAUCCAGACUUUUAAGAAUGACCUCAACCUCCUUAGCAAUAUGUAUUUGAUUUCACAAUAUUUGUUUUACAGCAGUUUUGAAAAAGCAUGUACUGUGCCACCAACUGUCAUUUAUCGAUGCUGUAACAUGGCUGUCAGAAUUGGUACUACAUAAUGCCUAAUACUUUGGCACGUAAACAUCAUUAAAUCAUUGUUUUCACAUUAAACAUGAAAAAAUCAA